AUGGAUGAUUGGAUUGAGCGGCCGACAGCCCUCAGCGUGCCGCGCUUUGCCGCAUCGCAUGCACGCCGCUCUCCGGGCUACACGUUGUUGAACAAUUUGUUUGUAGAAAAAGUGAACCGAGUGUGUUGUUGCACUGGUGUACGUAGUGUUAUUGCGGCGCGGCGUGGUAGCGUGGCGGGCGACCUAGUGCGAUCAGCUGAUUGGGCGCGCGGCGGUGUGCGGAGCGGGGGCGCGCCGCGUGCCGACACGGGCACUCACACACGCGCGCCGCACAGCUGA